GACACAGCACGAGGAGAAGGAGAGGGCAAGCUUGUGCCAAAUCCUGAAGAUGGCCAAAGAUGACUCCACCAUUCAUUGUUUCCAGGGCCUGCUGAUUUUUGGAAACGUGAUUGUUGGUAUGUGUGGCAUCGCCCUGACCGCAGAGUGCAUCUUCUUCGUAUCCGAUCAGCACAGCCUCUACCCACUGCUUGAAGCCACCAACAACGAUGACAUCUACGGGGCAGCCUGGAUUGGCAUGUUUGUCGGCAUCUGCCUCUUCUGCCUGUCAAUUCUAGGCAUCGUAGGCAUCAUGAGAUCCAACAGGAAAAUUCUCCUGGCGUAUUUCAUUCUGAUGUUUAUAGUAUAUGGCUUUGAAGUGGCAUCUUGUAUCACGGCAGCAACACAGCGAGACUUUUUCACACCCAACCUCUUCCUGAAGCAGAUGCUGGAGAGGUACCAAAACAAUAGCCCUCCAAACAAUGAUGACCAAUGGAAAAACAAUGGAGUCACCAAGACCUGGGACAGACUCAUGCUGCAGGACCAUUGCUGUGGUGUAAAUGGUCCAUCAGACUGGCAGAAAUAUACGUCUGCCUUCCGGACUGAGAAUAAUGAUGCCGACUAUCCCUGGCCUCGCCAGUGCUGUGUGGUGAACAAUCUUAAAGAACCUCUCAACCUGGAGGCCUGCAAACUAGGAGUGCCUGGUUACUAUCACAAGCAGGGAUGCUAUGAGCUCAUCUCUGGACCGAUGAACCGACAUGCCUGGGGGGUGGCCUGGUUUGGAUUUGCCAUUCUCUGCUGGACUUUUUGGGUUCUCCUGGGUACCAUGUUCUACUGGAGCAGAAUUGAAUAUUAAGAACAAAGUGUCACCGCCACACCACCUUCCUGCAGUGACUCGGACCCGGUGCUGCAAGCGAGCUCUCCUAGUAGAGCUCACAUCUGCGCCCCGCUGGGGCCCUGUGCCUUCCUGCUCAAACUGCCAAGUCAGUUGGUGUGGUGUUUGCUGGGCUCUCAGCCUCUCAAA